AUUCGUCUCUGGAAAAAUAUGAAUAUUCGACUAACCAUUUUAUGGAUAAAUACGGAGUACUAAAAUGUGGAACAGAUUUCAUGCUUAAUUUCGAUCGAUUCUCUUCAUCGAUAUUCGAUAAAACGUUGAAAUUCUCUAACGUCAGCGGUGAAAAUAUUUCCUGAUGUGUUUGACGAUCUGGAUUCUAGAAGAGAAUCUCGUUUAUCAAACUACCUGACAAAAAUACCGUAAAAUUCGUUAUCUAAAGAGAAAGUCAAUACAAAGAAUCGAUCGAAACAGAUAGGUCAUAUAGAAAAGUUGAGUAUGAUUUCAUUUAUUUCUGACUGAAGAUCUGAAUGUAUAAAUCUGUUAAACGUGUCCACGUGCACAUAAUCUGUACCGGCACGCACCUCCCCGUGGACAAGCGUGGGCAUUGUCGUUAACCAUACCUUCGAUCACCCUCUACCACUUUCUAGAUGUAGUGCAAUGCAUGUUUUGAAAACAAAUCUCCAACAACACUGAUUGUGUUUCGAUUGAAGUACACAUGACUUCCGCAUGUUUACAUUUUACUAUCUCUGAAAAUCUUUCUCUUAUUCUAUUUUCUAUCACAGUUCCUUCUACUUAUCAUUGAGUCAUCUUAUAAAAAAAUAUGUUGUUUAAUGUUUGUCUAUUGUCAACAAAAACCAACAAGGUCUGUGUGCAAAUCUUUCCGUUCACAUCCAUCAGUUUGAAUCUGAAUCUAGAGCUGUACAGUAUCUCUUUUGCCACUUGCGGCAACUCUGUAACGUCUCUUAGAGGAACCACUUGUGUAGUUGUAGAUUGUGCGUUGUCUAAUUGGAGUAUUUGUCGGAAAAAUGCUCGUAGAGCACCCGAUUAUCGCAACGGUUGAGAUGGAAAAUCUCAUCAUGUUCUUCAGUUUGCUUGAUGCAAAGCAGCAUUGGCACAACAUUCACAGGAAUCUAUUUCGUUCCCGUGUCCGUUAUUGGUUCAACGACAUCGUCGAUGAGAUGCGCAAGAAGAGCCCCGCUUCUGUCCAAAAGUGGGUGGAUUCGAUACAGAUCCCGUCGGGUGGAGCCGAUGGUGCCCAAGAAGCUGGCCCAUCAUCAACGGAGCUAGCAGAGCAGCAGCAAAGGAUGCAUCAUGCCUGUUUGAUCGAAUCUGCAGAGCCAACUGAGAGUGCCGAAUCCGGAUCCGAGAUGGAUCACGAGAGCAACGAAGAUGCAAUCAGACUGGGAGUUCCGAUGUCACAUUCUGAUGGAGAACAAAACCCAACCGGUGGCGCUUCCGCCGGAGUGGAUCAAAAAUCUGAGGGCUCAUCGAUGUCCAUUAAGAACUUGCUAUCGAAGAAAACAUUAUUAGAGAAAUUCAGUCGCAGUAGUACAAACCUGGAACAGGCGGCAGAACAGGAAAUAGGCCUUCAGGAGGACGACACGCGUAAAACGUCCUCUCUUGCAUCAAUUGGCAAGAUAAAAAUCAAUGAGUUUUACGACAAACUUAAUAUGAAUAAGGCAAAGUACAACCUGAUUAAGGCGAGGAAUAUUGACAUUCGUAACAUGAUCGGGGCCAGUAAAGAUAGUAUAAAUCAAAAGCUACAGCAACCCCAACAGCCGCCAAAUAAUUUUGAAUUACCACCGAAAUUGAUAGUUGCUGUCGAAGCGAAGGAUGAACCUAUGGUGGAACCUAUUGUUGUGGAGAAUGAAGGAGGGACUAACCCCGAACGAUCGGAGACAAGUGGCAAACUCAGCACCGCUGAUAUCUAUGAGUUUUCAUUCGAUGAAUCGUUCCCCAAGGAUGAUGACGUUCCGGAUCCGAGCGAAGAUGAUGAGAAGGAAAACUUUGAAGUGUCCCCACAGCUCUAUGACAUUUACCUGAAUCCACCAAAAACCUACCAGCGGAUGGGCAUAGGAAAAAUUGGUCGCAGCUCGAGUGAAAAUCCUCGUAUUAGCAGACGCUUCAAUCUGAUGGAAAUCGGGCGUAGCUUUAGUGAGAUGAAUGAUGAUGACAAUUUCAUUAUUGGCGAGGGUAACAACAGUUGUCCCAACCCAUCGUCGUUAAAUACCAGCUCCAGUAUCAACAAUAGCAGUACCAACAUUCUUGCUCGCUCGGUUCCGGUAAGCCCUAUCCCGCGGACGUCCAGUAAGCUUAGUAUUCAUCAGGAGAAUUCUCUCUCCGAUUCUCCUCGGCGGCGGAGCACGAUGCUGAUGAAGGACAGCUCCCUGCAGUCUGAUUCAAGUCGAUGUUCCAGCGUGGAAAGUUUACUGAAUGCAAGAAAACCCGAUCCCGAACGAAUAUUGCUGAAUCUGGGUUUUGGUCCAGCGCCACACAGUACUGAUGUUCUGUCAAAAAUCCCGAAAAGAUUUCUCAAGCCCUCGCAGGUUCGGGGAGUCGACACGGAGGCCUUCCUGCGGCAACAGCAAUUAUCCAUGCAUAUACACGAGAACAGUGUCCUCGGUUACCGUGGACUUGUUGGCAAUCCUCACAUCCCUCCAUCUAUGAUAGUAGCAAAAAUAAUGGAACGAUUCCAGGAGAACGAACGGGGCCGACUGGAACGCAGCAGUACCAUCAGUGGAGCGAUCGAAAUGUCUACUUCAGUGCCAAUGGCAGCCCAGUGCGAUAGUCAAACUUCGUCCAGCACUUCCACACAUAUCUUAAUUCCGCGCCACUCAUCACUUGCCUCUGAAGGACGAUUAUGUUCUGAAAUAUGAUAGCUCUGACUGUUUACCACAUUGGCAUAUCAUAAAGAACGCAAUUAAUUUAUAGACACACGUUGAGCUUAAAACCUGUACUUUAUUUUUUAUAGACAAGUCUACACUAACAUUCCUCCGGAACGAAUUCGUAUUCUAGUAUAUAUUUAAAAGUGAACUAAAAAUACAUUCCUCUUUGAAAGAAAUGUUAGAAGGCAGUAUUCGAUAUCCGAAAUUUUACAACACUUUAUCACACUUUUGAUAGUGAUUUUCUUAUAAAUGUGAUAUGAGUCAGGAUACGUAAACAAAAAAAAAGAAUAAUAACAUGGAAAUGAACGAAUAAUUGAAUAUAAUGUGAUGUUGAAUACCUACUGCGACUUAACCUGAGCUUCUGGUGAAAUAUUUUGUUAUCAUGUUGAGAACCAAUCUAUCCCAUAAAAAAGUUGAUUAUUUUGACUGUUGAUUAAUCUUGUAGAUCAGUGUUUAUGUUAUAUUCUGGAAAUUCACGUAAAUACAGAAUGAAGCGUUAUGCAAAACAUUGGCUGU